GUUUAAUGCGACACAGGCUUUUAAGUAACAUGUGAGAAGUCAAUCUGCAGCAAAAUCACAUGUAAUAAACAUCUUUAUUUUUUCAGUUCUGCAGGAAUCCGGGGUUCAUUAACACUUCUUCUUAGAUCGUAUCAACAGAUGAGCGUUUGAAACAUGAAGCGGCUGUACAUCGGUGGCCUGAGCCACACGAUAACUCAGAAAGAUCUUCGAGAUCGAUUCGGCAAGUUCGGCGAGGUGUCUGAUGUGGAGAUAAUAACACGGAAAGAUGAACAAGGAUCUCCUCUGAAGACUUUUGGUUACGUGAAUAUUAAUAUUACCGAUUCUGACUACAAAAGAUGCGUCACGGUGUUGAACAAAUCCAAGUGGAAAGGUGGAACAUUACAAAUCGAAUUGGCAAAAGAAAGCUUCUUACACAGACUUACAUCAGAACGGCAGCAAGCAGCUGAGAAGAUUCAGACUCCGAGGACUGAUGCAAAAGAGCAAAUCUUGGAGUCCUUCAAGGCAGCUGGAGUAGAGAACUUCCACAUGAAAGCAGCUGUUCCAGGAACUGAGAUCCCAGGACACAAGAACUGGGUGGUGAGCAAAUUUGGAAGAGUCCUUCCUGUCGUUCAUCUGAAAUGUCAAGGCAAAUCCAAGGUCCUCAAAUACGAUCCUUCGAAGCACUGCCACAAUAUCAAGAAACUUGAGAUGGAGGACGGCUUCACUUCGGUGUCCAAACUGACAUGGCAGAUAGAAGGCGGGGACGACGAGAUCAGCAAGAGAAGACGAGGCGAGUUCCCGCCACAGGAAAAACGCUCCACAAAGACCAAAAAAUGUUUGGAUCCAAGCACUAUUCAAUAUUCUGCUCCUGAGAGGACGGCAGUGCAGGAUAGAGAUACUGCCCCACGGCUGCUACAAGGUGGUAAGCAUCCGGUGUGUGUGUUAGACAGUGACGCUGACUCGGAUGAUGAACUCCGCAUGCUAGUCGCACAUGAGCUUUCAAGAAACCAUAAAACAGUCGUCACAGAAGAUGAAGGAAACCUCGAAGUGGUGGGCGAUGACUUUGUUGUGAAAUCCAGCAUGUUCUGGGGCGGAGGUCAAACCAGCUUCAACGCACAACUUGAGGGUUUAAAACCUACAGAGAACGAUGAGGAAUACGACUCAGCUGACACGGAUGAAAUAUUGACUCAGAACAAAAAUUCAGGCAAAGCUGAGGAUCUAAUCGAGGCUAAAACAUGCACUAAUAAGUUUCCUAUAAAGUCCCAGAAGAUCAAUGGGAAGAGACCUGUGAUGAACAACGCAAAGACACCUUCUGAAUCAGAGUCGGAUAUUGACUCUGAAUCAUCUGGUGAAAGCAUCGAUUCUGAUUACGAAGCCAUGAUGGGGAACUGCCACAGGUUGGAGCUGUCGCUAGGAGAUUUGGAAGCUCUUGUUAAAAAUCUGGAGGAUGAAGGAAGCAGCGAGGAUGAUGACACAAAGGCAGGACCGAGCGAAACAACCAAACAGUCUUCUGUUCAUGAAACUAGGCCUCAGAAAGCACAGUCAAAAAGGAGCAGUAUAAACCCUGAGGAUAUUUUAGCAUCGAUAUUUGGACCAGAUAAGGACAAAGAGGAGAAAAAGAAAAAAGUAAAAAAGUCUUGUCUUCCUGCUUUUGUUGGGACGAAGGACCUUUUUGCUAGCACUAACAUACACACUGGAGUUAAAAGAGCAGCUGAAAAGGUGAUCUGUGGAUUUGAUGAGGAACCUAAAAGACUAAGACCAGACUUAAAAACAAUGGAAAAUGAAAAGUUAAGUGUGGAGUUACCGACGCUAAACAAGAAAGACCCCAAGAUCCAUAUAGAUUGUUCCGGAGAUGAAAUAGAAAUGACUCAAGAUUCAAAGAUGCUCCUUUCUAAACCAAAUUACUCUCUAAAAACAAAUGACACAAGCCAUUCUGAGCCUAAACAUCCCACGUCUUCACCCCAGACUAAACACUCAACCAGGAGCAGUUCAUCCAGUGACGAAGAAGAAGAGGAAGAACAAACCGUGUCUUUAGAAACCAAAACCUCAAAGACGCACGAAAGACCUGCUUCCGAUAGCGUCGAUUCCACUGAAGAAUCGGAGAUGAGUAGCGAUGAAGAGGAGCAGAAAAGUACAAAACCACAAGCUGCCUCAAAGCUUAGCUUGAAACAGAUUAAUGAAAACACUGGUUCAGGUCUACAUCCAUUUCAACAGUCUGUUUUUGACCCAGUGAAGCAGCAGCAGGACAAUCAGAAACGUCUCGCUGCUUUGGAGCAGAGGCAGAAAGAGGCACAGCAACAGAAGACGCUCAUACAGGGGGCGCUCUCAAAAGUGGAUUUGACGAAUGUAAACAAAGGGAAACACAUCGUAUUUGAUUCUGAUGACGAAAUUAUUAACGACAGUGAAAACACAAAGUCCCGAAAAGCAAACCUUUUUGAUGAAGGUUCUGAUGACGAGGAUGGCACAGUAUCUGAAGCCAAGCAAGUCCUUGGAGAAAAGAAAUUGAAAAAGGCAGACGGCAGCAGACUCUUCGACAGCAGUGAGGAUGAGGAUGAUGACACUGAGGAGGAUCGCUUCAAGAUCAAGCCUCAGUUUGAAGGCCAAGCUGGACAGAAGCUCAUGGAGUUGCAGUCUAGAUUUGGAACUGAUCCGAGGUUUCAGAUGGGUACCAAGUUUCUUGAAAGUGAUGAUGAAGAACCGGAGCAAGAUGUGGAAGCCCAGCAAACCCCAGGAGAACAGGAACUGGCUGAAGAGAAAAACAAAAAUCUGUCCAUCUUGCAAAGUGUCCUUAAUAUCAGCAUUCAGCAAAGCGACACGCGUAAAGAGGCGACAAAAGGCAAAAUCUUCAAGGACAUUUCAGCUUUGCACUACGAUCCCUCGAGUGAGACUCAUGCAGCUUUUGAAACUAAGACAGACGCACCAAAAAAGGAAAGUAAAGCGGCAAGGCGAAAGAAACGCGAGGAGGCCAAGAAGCUUCCAGAAGUUUCUAAGGACAUCUACUAUGAUGUGACUACAGAUCUAAAAGAGGUGUUUGGGAUGGGGAAAGAAAUCCAGAAUGAAAAGAAGGUAGUUUCAUGGGACCAAAAUGAUGAUGAUGAUGAUGAUGAUGAUGACGACAAUGUGAGCAAGGAAGAAGGCAUGCGCAUGGUUUCCGUUUCAUCUGAUCGAGAAGCCGAGCCGUCGAGCGGAUUUAAAUUCUCUUUCUUCGGAGAUGAUGCAGUAACGAACACCCCAGCAACAGAUGAAUACAAAGUUGAGCCUAUAAAAGGGGCCAAAGUGCCUUGGCAAGUAGACCCUCGAUUCCAAGACAGCAGUUCGGAGGAGGAGGAGGAUGUGGAGGAAGAAACAGAAGAAAGGGAAGAGGCUGCCUUGGUCACUACAACUGAAGUGCCAACGCUGAAGAAAAAGUUUUUCUUCUUCUUUGAUGAUGAUAUUCGGUUGAAGGAGGGACCCAGUAUGUUCUGCAGACGUGAGAAGCUGGAGGAUCAGAGAGAUGCAUGGGAGGAGAAAAGGAACAAUCUCAGAGAGGAAUACCGCAAGAAGCACAAAGAUGCCAAAAGACGAUUCAGGAUGAGAACAAAAACCUGAACCACAACAACACCCCUGCCUUACAUUACUUAGCUAGUUUUGUUACAUCACAGAAAUUAAGUCUUCUUACAAAGCUGUAAUUUAAUUCCUCAGUAUGCUCGACAUAUUUGUGCGUGUGAAAUAAAUCCUGUGUAAAUAAA